AUGUCUACCUCCCCCGAAUACUCCCGGAUCAGUAUCCGCAACCAAAAAGAUACCGAAAGGCUAUAUUCACUCCUCAAAACAUAUGCCCAAGAUCCAUCUCGCGCAGAGACCGUUUCCGAAGUCAUUAUUGAUACUCAGCGUUGGUAUCCGAUGUUUGAUGACUCCCGGCCGAGAAAACCGAAACCGAAAGACAGCCCAAUCGAUGAGGGUCAUGUCGCGCUUCAUGCCUACAUCCGUAGUCUUUCUUUAGACGAAAACACAACCUUCGACUUCAUAGGCGCUGUCGACACUAAGCGCCGUGCGGUUAUGAGCUGGCAUGCAUGCGACAGCGAUAGUGCCUGUAGCAGCCUCAAAUUCGAGGUUGUUGGCCUUGCACUGCUGUUCUCUUUUUGCAAAAACAUUACCACAUUGUAUCUUGCUGAGGAACUGUAUCACUCUGUCGACGAGUACUUGAUCAAGCUUAACUACGGAGACAUCAAGAACCUAGGCCUUCAGAGCCUCAAACAUGUCCAUUUCACGGCGAGCCACCCCGACAUAAAUGAACCGCGUUACUACGCCACGGUCGAAAUCCUACGCUACAUGCAGUUGAUCCACCGCCUUCCAGCCCUCGAGUCUGUGACGAUGGAUGGACUGCAGGAAUACCAGCCAACAUACGUGUACUUCGUUCCUCGAUCGGGAAACAUGAAGAAACUGGAAAUCACACAUUGUCAUAUCGGUUCCGACUACUUAACACGGAUGAUAUCCAUACCAAAAUUCCUUGAGGAGUUCAAGCUUUCCAUCGGCGGUAUGUGGAGUAUAGAUGGAGGUAUGCCAGUCUAUUCGCCUUAUGAAAUCGGAAAUGCUCUGGCUGCGCAUAAAGACACGCUGAGAGUGUUGGAUAUCGACGCAGGUAUAACUAUAAGUGCAGAUAAUUACCCGGGGACCAAAUAUAAACAUGACGAGGCUGAUCUGGAGGAGCGGGCUUGCCGGCGCGUAAGGGGACGACCGGGCGAGCCUUAUGGUCGUGACCGAAUAGCUGCGGACAAAGUUAUUAGCAUUAGACCCAGGACCACAGAGGAAGACGCGAAAGGACGCAGCAACACAGUCCUUCCCUUCCACGACUUUCCCCGUCUCACACACUUGAGCAUCGACAUGGUGGCCCUCCUCGGCGACUGGGACGAUAACAAAUGGGACCCACCCUUCAAGCUCACCAAACCAGCUCCAUUCCGUCUUAUCGAAUGCCUGCCGCCGAGCCUAGAGUAUCUGUGCAUGUACCGAUAUGUGCGGGGGGUGAACCCUGAUGUUGACGAACAUGUUGACGAGCUCCUUGCUGAAAAGAGUGAGAAGCUGCCGAAGCUGAAAUGUAUCAAGGGUAUUGAGGAGCUUGUGCUAGGUCUGAAGGAUGUGUUUGGACAUUCGGAUUCCUUAGAUGAGGAGGAUUUGUAUGUGCGAGGGGAGUUGGACGUGGAGUGGAAGGAGGUUGAGGGGUGA